AUGGCAGGAGAGCCUAAGAGACGCAACCAGAAUUUUUAUUGCCACUAUCAUCAGGAUCAUGGGCACAUGACAGAGGAUUGCAAGAAUUUAUGGGAUCAUUUGGAGCAGCUGGUCCGAGAAGGGAAAUUGAAGCAAUUCUUGCAUCAUUCCAGUGGUAGGGUAGGACAAGCAGGCUCAGAGAUGCGUGGGGACGCUUUUUCAAGACUCCCCUUUGGCAUAAUAAACGUUAUUGUUGUCGCCCUAGGGAGGACUGGAUCUUGUCCUUUUAGGGUACUGUCAGUGUUCCGACCUCUAACCAAGGAGUAUUGCCAGGCAUCAAAAAGGGCCAAGGUGGACGUCUCCCUGAUUUUGGGCUUUUCGGAUGAAGACAAGGUUAGAACCAUACAGCCCUAUGAUGAUUCUUUGGUGGUCACGCUGAGAAUUGGUGGAUACGGUGUAAAAAGGGUGAUGAUUGGUCAAGGUAGUGCUGUUGAUAUAAUGUACCCAGAUUUGUAUAAAGGACUAGGUUAA